UAAUUUAACUACUCCAUGACCAUGAUAGUUCCUCUCUUUUCUCUCUUCUUUGCAUCUCUUGCACCAAACUUAGAUUUGUACUUUACAUAUCCACAUUCCACACGUUGCAUGAUUUAUGAUUCAUCCUUAAUAAUUAAGGCUAAUCAAGAAACUACUACCACCCUUCAUUCACCUCAAAACUUCAUUUCACAUAUUAUAGCUUUCUACUUGCUUUGUUAUAUCUCCUUAAUUAGUAUUAUCAACUGUUGUUAUUGUGUCAUUAAUGAGUAAACACAUGAAGGUACAAACUGAUAGAUGGAUAAUCCUUCCUUACUCGUUCGAUUGCUCUUCUCGUUCGAGUGUUGCUGUUGGCUCCGGGAUACCUCCUAAUAAUGCAACUCAAACUAGUAGACAAAAGGAUUCAUCUAUCACCAAGAAAUCCUUCAGCUUCAAGCUUCCAAAAUCCAAGUUAUCCCAUGGAAUUCGAAGAUUGAUCAAAAGUCUCAAAUCCAUCUCUCAAUUCUUUGUCUAUAAGGAAGAGAUGCAUGAAGAAGAAGAAAAGGAUUUGGAAAUAGGGUAUCCAACAGAUGUGAAGCAUCUAACACACAUAGGAUGGGAUGGUUCAACAACAAUAUCAAAUGCCACAAAAGGGUGGGAGAAUUUAACACCUUCAGAAAUUAUUUCAUUCCCAUCAAUUUCUUUGAAACAAUUUGAAGUUGCAAUGGCACAACAAGCUUCUGCUGCUACUACUGGAGAUGUUAAACAAGUUUGAUACAACAGUUAUAAAGGAAGAUAUUUGGGUUUAAUUUCUUACAAUUAUAGGCUUAUUUUGGUUAGUUUUUACUCAUUGAUUUGAUUAUAUAUAUAUAUGAGAUGAAAAAGGGAAAAAAUCAUUGUUCAUGUUGUUAGUAGUGUGAAUUUCAACUAAUUUAGCUCUUAAAAUUCUGGAGUGAUUGUAUCAUUGUAUGUAAUAUAUGGAAAUUAGAUCAUAUCAAUCUUUUGUGCUA